GGUGCAAAAAUUUUGGGAAAAGAGAAAGACAGGACAAAGCUUCAAUAGAUGGAAUUGCCUCCUUCUUUGCCCCUCUUCAGAAAAACUCGUUUUUAUCCUUAUCUCUUCUUAUUACUAAGUUUAGUUGUAUUUUUGAUUAGUUAUUCAGCUUAUCUUCUUCCAUCUUCGCCAUCAGUCACAUCCUUAGCCAACUUGAUUUGGCCAACUCCAAAACCUACAAAGAAGAACAAGGAUAAAUUGGCAUUUGCAAUUGGAGAAAGUGAAAAAGGGUGUGAUUUAUUCAGUGGAAAGUGGGUUUGGGAUGAGUCAAGUGGGGCUUUAUAUGAGGAAUCAGAAUGUCCAUAUUUACUUCCUCAGCAGACUUGCCAAGAACAUGGGAGGCCAGACAAGGACUAUCUCUAUUGGAGAUGGCAACCUCAUAAUUGUCUUAUUCCUAGGUGUGUAACCCUUUCCGUUGUAACCAAAAGUUACUCUGUUAUCUAUGCUUUCUGA